AUGAGCUCACAAGCCAAGAAGGAUACAUACGGCCCUACCCUUGCCGGAAUCUUCGGCGGUAUAUUCGCCUUAAUCAUUGUUGGAUUUCUAAUAUGGGCCAUGAUUGAUGCUAGGAAGUGGCCAUUCGAGGAUUUGCACGAUAGGAUCCAUAACGAUGAAGACAUUUAUGAACUUUACAAGAAAAUGCCUACGAAGAAUCAGUAA